GGGGCGACCCGGGGACAGUGAUUGUUGGUUUCGCUUUCCCGGCCGCUGCGACACGGGGCGGGCGAGUGAAGAUCCCCGACCCCGUAUCAAGAUGACAAGCUGCGGCCUCCUGAACAGUUCCAACAAGCCGGUGCCCCUGCGCAGCGGCUCGGUGACGGUGCUGAUCCGAGGCUUCGUGGCUGACGUGGGCUGUGAGCUGCUCUACAGGAACGAUGAGCCAGGGCCCGUGGAGGCCGUGUUCGUGUUCCCCGUGGAUGCCGAGGCGGCCGUCUACGCCUUCCAAGCCCGCCUGGGGGGCGCCUGCAUUGAGGCCCAGCUCCGCGAGAAGAAACAGGCGCAGGAGCUGUACGGGGACGCGCUGGCCGGGGGCCAGAGCUCGUUUCUUCUGCAGCAGGAGGGGGCCGCGGGCGACAUUUUCAGCUGCUCCCUGGGGAACCUGCCCCCCGGGGAGGAGGCGGCGCUGACCCUGCGCUACGUCUGCGAGCUGUCGCUGGAGCCCGAUGGGGCCGCCCGCUACGUGCUGCCAGCCGUGCUGUGUCCCCGCUACACGCCCGAUGGGUGGGAUGGGGAGGAUGUCACCCAGGGCGUCCCACGAGUCCCCCAGGGGAAGCUGCCCUACACCCUGAGCCUGAGUGCCACGCUGCAGUCGCCCCACGGCAUCGACCGUGUGCUCUCCAACUGCUCCCUCUCCCCCCUGAGCUACACAUCCGGGAACCGAACCACCGCCCAGGUGUCACUGGCCGAGGCCCCACCAUGGGACCGAGACGUGGAGCUGCUGGUGUAUUACGCGGAGCCGCACAAACCCAGCGCAGUGCUGGAGAUCGGGUUGCCCGGAGCAGAGCCAGGCUCCCUGAUGGGCGACCCGGCCUUGAUGGUGACCCUGCUGCCCAGCCUGCCCGAGGCGGUGCCGGGCCAGAGCCCAGCUGGGGAGUUCAUCUUCCUGCUGGACCGCUCCGGCAGCAUGGAGUGCCCCAUGGACGGCCGAGACUACUCCCCCCAGCGCAUCGACAGCGCCAAGGAGACCCUGGUCCUGCUGUUGAAGAGUUUGCCCCUGGGUUGUUAUUUCAACAUCUACGGCUUUGGGUCUCAGUUCGAGUCCUUCUACCCGCAGAGUGUGGGAUACACCCAGCAGACCAUGGCCGAGUCCCUGCAGCGCGUCCAGCAGCUCCAGGCUGAUCUGGGGGGCACCGAGAUCUUGGCACCGCUACGAGCCAUUUACCGCAGCCCCUGCCGGGACGGGCACCCACGCCAGCUGUUCGUGUUCACGGACGGGGAGGUAGUGAACACCCAGGAGGUUAUCACCGAGGUGCAGCAUCACCGGGGGACGCACAGGUGCUUCUCCUUCGGCAUUGGGGAAGGGGCCUCCACGGCUCUGGUCAAAGGCAUCGCCCGGGCAGCAGGGGGCAGCGCCGAGUUCAUCACGGGCCAGGACCGUAUGCAGCCCAAGGACCCUGGUGUCCUGGCCCCACCCUGGGUGUGCUGGUCUCUCCCCCAGGCGCUGCAGUCUCUGAAGCAGGCCCUGCAGCCGGCCGUGACCCAGAUCUCGCUGAGCUGGGAUCUGCCCCCUGGGAUGGAGGCGGAGCUGCUGGGCCGGGGCCCUGAGGUGAUCUUCCCUGGGCAGCGGUGCCUCAUCUACGCCCGGCUCCGCGGACAGCCCCAGGUCUCUGCACUAGCCUGGCUGCAUUGAUCUCAGGGCAGGUCUACACUACAAAUUUACACUGGCGGAGCUGCGACACUGUAGCAUGUCUGGUGAAGAUGCUCUAAGCCAACGGGAGAAGCUCUCCCACCAACACGGCGCUGUCUACACGGGGGGCUACGGUCAGUGUAACUACGUCGCUCAGGGCGCUGGAGCUCAGGGGUGUGGAUUUUUCACACCUCUGAGUGACAUAGGUAUACUGCAGUAUGUAGCGUAGACACGACCUCCGUGGGGAUCGAUAACUGUGUCCCCUACCAGUGACCACUGGGCUGGAGGUUUCUGUGCUACCCCAGCCCCACUGAUCUCAAAGGGGGUCGCUAACUCCUGAUCCUAAUGAUGGCUGUUGGCUGACUAGGCAACCCCCAACUGCUGUGAAUCAAGCGUAUUUUCCCCCUUUGUUCUGUAACCUGGGUCUGGGAGGGUCCCCAGGCCUCUUCUCCCCCCUCGCACUCCACCUCUGACCCCUUUUCU